GGGGGGGCAGGGAGCACUAGGGCCCCGCGCUCACUAUUCUGGAAACUGCCGGGCGCCAUCGCCGUAGCGUAGCCGCGGACCGGGAGGCGCGGGGCAGGCGCGGAGACUGCGUGGCGCAGGCGCAGUGCGGGGUUUCUUCUGGGUCCCCAGACAGCUGGAGGAGAUAAACAGAGGAGGAGGGAGGGGAGUGCGUGUGUGAGAGCGCGCGAGGGAGUGUGAGUGUGUGUGAGCGCGGGUGUGAGGCGGUGCGCAGGGGCGGGCGGAGGCGCUGUCCGGCCCCGGCCAGGCGCCGGGCGGGGAGCAUGGGAAGAGGCUAAACCUGCCCGGGUCCCCAGCCCCCUUCCCGGGAUCCGCGCUCCUGCUCCCGGGAGAGGGGCCGGGCCCCACGGACCGACAUGGGCUCGUGAAGUUGCACCGCUGCUGGUCCCGGGAAGAGACCUGACAGGUAAUUAAAUGCUUGUCUUGUGGACCUGGGCUGGGCUGGAAUGUGCAAGGGUCUUGAAGAUCCUCCUGUAGCUUCCUUCUGUUGAACCAUAAAGAGAAGAUGGCAAAAGUCAACAUAACCAGAGACCUCAUUCGUAGGCAAAUCAAGGAGCGGGGUGCUCUGAGCUUUGAACGGCGCUACCACGUCACCGAUCCCUUUAUCCGGCGGCUGGGCCUGGAAGCUGAGCUUCAGGGUCACUCAGGAUGCGUCAACUGUCUGGAGUGGAAUGAGAAAGGAGACUUGCUGGCUUCUGGUUCUGAUGACCAGCACACCAUUGUGUGGGACCCGCUGCACCACAAGAAGCUGCUCUCCAUGCACACAGGACACACAGCAAAUAUCUUCUCUGUGAAGUUCCUGCCUCAUGCUGGAGACCGAAUCUUGAUCACUGGGGCAGCUGACUCCAAGGUGCACGUCCAUGACCUGACGGUAAAGGAGACGAUCCACAUGUAUGGAGACCACACAAACCGCGUGAAGCGCAUCGCCACAGCACCCAUGUGGCCUAACACGUUCUGGAGUGCCGCUGAGGAUGGACUCAUCCGCCAGUACGACCUCCGGGAGAACAGCAAACACUCAGAGGUGCUGAUUGACCUGACAGAGUACUGUGGCCCCAUGGUGGAGGCCAAGUGCCUCACCGUCAACCCCCAGGAUAACAACUGCCUGGCAGUCGGGGCCAGUGGGCCCUUUGUGAGACUCUACGACAUUCGCAUGAUCCAUAACCACAGAAAGAGCAUGAAGCAGAGUCCUUCAGCGGGUGUGCACACCUUCUGUGACCGGCAGAAGCCCCUUCCAGAUGGUGCAGCGCAGUAUUAUGUGGCAGGGCACCUGCCGGUCAAGCUGCCCGACUAUAACAGCCGUCUGAGAGUGCUGGUUGCCACUUAUGUGACCUUCAGCCCCAAUGGCACAGAGCUGCUGGUCAACAUGGGAGGAGAGCAGGUGUAUUUGUUUGACUUGACUUACAAGCAACGGCCAUAUACUUUCCUCUUGCCUAGAAAAUGUCACUCAGUGGAAGUCCAAAAUGGCAAGAUGUCUACCAAUGGUGUGUCCAAUGGCGUGUCGAAUGGCCUACACCUCCACAGCAAUGGCUUCCGGCUGCCGGAAAGCAAGGGGUGUAUCAGCCCCCAGGUGGAGCUACCCCCGUACCUGGAACGUGUGAAGCAGCAAGCCAACGAAGCCUUUGCCUGCCAGCAGUGGACCCAGGCCAUCCAGCUGUACAGCAAGGCUGUGCAGAAGGCCCCUCACAACGCUAUGCUCUAUGGGAACCGAGCUGCCGCCUACAUGAAGCGCAAGUGGGAUGGUGACCACUACGACGCCCUCCGAGACUGCCUCAAGGCCAUCUCCUUAAACCCCUGCCACCUGAAGGCGCACUUCCGUCUGGCCCGGUGCCUCUUUGAACUGAAGUAUGUGGCUGAGGCUCUGGAGUGCCUGGAUGACUUCAAAGGGAAGUUCCCCGAGCAGGCCCACAGCAGUGCUUGUGAUGCACUCGGCCGUGACAUCACAGCUGCCCUUUUCUCCAAAAGUGACGGUGAGGAGAAGAAGGCAGCUGGCGGCGGCGGCGGCGGUCCAGUUCGCCUUCGAAGCACAAGUCGCAAGGACUCCAUCUCAGAAGACGAAAUGGUGCUGCGGGAGCGGAGCUGUGACUACCAGUUCCGCUACUGUGGCCACUGCAACACCACAACGGACAUCAAGGAGGCGAAUUUCUUUGGCAGCAAUGCUCAGUACAUAGUCAGUGGCUCUGAUGAUGGCUCCUUCUUCAUCUGGGAAAAAGAGACCACCAACCUAGUCCGAGUGCUUCAGGGAGAUGACUCCAUCGUCAACUGCUUGCAGCCACACCCUAGCUACUGCUUCCUGGCCACCAGCGGCAUCGACCCUGUUGUGAGACUGUGGAACCCACGACCAGAGAGUGAAGACCUCACAGGCCGAGUUGUGGAGGAUAUGGAGGGUGCCUCCCAGGCCAACCAGCGGCGCAUGAAUGCCAACCCCUUGGAGGCGAUGCUGCUGGACAUGGGCUACCGGAUCACAGGCCUUAGCAGCGGAGGCGCUGGGGCCUCUGAUGACGAGGACAGCUCAGAGGGCCAGGUGCAGUGCCGGCCCAGCUAGAUGCUCCUAGCCCCAGUCCCCAGCCAUGUGCAGGAGGGCAGAGGGUUGGGUUCUGUUUUGGAUUGUCUUCCCACCCUCAUUUUUUCAUUUCCCCUGUUUUGUUUGUUAGUUUGACACUGUGGGUGGGGAUUGCUGCAACUUGCUGGCUUUCAGACUCUUGGGCUGAUUGUCCCUUGACUGUCCCAAGCCCUGAGCAAAAAAGCAGGAGGGAAAGCCCCUCCGUCCGCCCUCACCUCCUGCUUCCGUGUCUCUGGAAACCCCUUCUGCCUCCAGUGGGGAGGCUAGAGCCAGAGCUGUCUUCAAGGACUGCCCUGCCCUUUAAGUUGGCAGCAGAAAGGGGGAGGAGCUCCCUGCUGGCAAAGGCCUGCCUUGGCCUGUUGUUGCCCACUCUUGCUCUCCUGCCUGCGGGGCUAGCUCCCCUGUGGUCUUUCUGGAAGGUCCCUUCACAGCCACCAGUGUUAGGGUGGAAGCAAGGAAAGAUAGGAGCCCUGGAGUGGCAAAGUCAGGCCACCUGCCCUGGCGGCAGUGGGCAGUGGCAGGCGCCUCCUCAUCCCCUCCUGGGCCUGUUCUCCUAGGCUGUCUCUGGGGGCUUUGCCUUUCCUAUGAUGUGGCAGAAGGUGGGGCACCUCGUCCCCACCCCACCUGCCCAUGCAAGUACUUUUGCGCCAUGGCCACUCUCCUGGGGCGCUCCUCGGCCUCACUGUGACCUUUCUGCCAGAGCUCCCAGCCAGGCCUACUCUGCUGAGGCGGCGCUUCCUAAGGCCCCUUCUUCUUGCCCUCCCUGCCCUCCCUUCCCACCCAUGUGCUGAGCCGCCACAAAGACCAAAGAAGUGAUGGCUUUUCUCUGUCCCCUGCUGCUCUAGGGGGAGGGGGUGGGGAAGUCCUUAGCUCAGCCAUCCCUCCUGGGCAGCCCAAGCUUUACACUGGACACAGCGGCCACUCCACCACCAAGCUUUCCCUCUCCCUCUGCCCCCUCGGCUCCUGCCCUGGAGCCUCCCCCAGCCCUGUGUGCUUCCUCUGGGUCGCAGCCUUCCAGCUGCAGCCUCCAGGGAGAAGCAGCCCUCUUCCCUCCCUCCCUCCC